AUGAAUAGUGUGCAAGGCAAAAAUGUCCUUCAAACGGGUCUCGGGAGACGCAUUGUCCGUGACGGCCACAAUAUAUCACUGCAUGUUGGCGAUGCUUCGCUGGACAGCUGGACACUCCUGGGGCUGCAGAACACAGCAUCCUGCAGUACCACCUUUGCGUAUUUCGGCAUGACACACGGCUUUUAUUCUCUCACUCGGGACUGUUUCUCUCUAUGGCUCUUCAUCACUCGACGGUAUCGGUUGGACGAGGUCAUCAUCCGUGCUGUACAACAGGCGAGCACGCAUGAUACAUCCUGCCUGCGUCUGCCGUGUACAUCGUUUGCCCAAUCGUUCUCCUUCUACCUUCCAUGCCCGCCUCCAGCUCCCUGGCUGGACCACCUGUCCAACGUUCAACCUUGCUUCACCCAUCCAUUGAGCAAAGCCCAUCGAGGAAAGGCUGACAUGUUCUUGUUUCGUCACGUAUCUGCCAUUCUCUCCAAGGAGUAUGCAUACUGCUGCAGGUCUAGCACUGUGGAAUUACGGCAGUGUAUUUUUAGGACGCGAAUAUUGAGCUCCCCCCCAGCUGAACAUAAGAUAGGAGCCACUGGCGUGCGGGCCGCGCGCUGGGCUGAAAACGGCUCAUGGGCUGGGACUGGACAAAUAAAAGGGUCUUUUGACGAGAUUGGCGGCCCAAAGCACACGGUACAGCGCCACGAGAACCAGGGAAACAGUCCCAGAAAAUGGAGAGACAACGGCAGAGGUGAGGUCUCGCUUUGA